CACACGGCCCAGGGCACCUCCUGAGGGGCCGGGCGGAAGCGAAACCCCGCCUUGGCAACGGGGCGGAGGGAGGGAGGGGCUGCCGGUCGCGGCUGGGUGCUGCGGAAGCACAGGCCGCCGGGGCCGCGUCCCUGUCGGACCCUGGGCGGCAGGAGGCGGAGCGAGAGCUCGUGCAGGGUGGCAUCCUCCGGAGCGGCCAUCGCCGGGGCUUCAUGGAGAAUCGGGGCCCGGUGUUGCACAUCGUGGUGGUGGGGUUCCACCACAAGAAGGGCUGCCAGGUUGAAUUUUCCUAUCCUCCCCUAAAGCCUGCAGAAGGACAUGACAGCCAAAGUUUGCCAGAGGAAUGGAAGUACUUGCCAUUUCUUGCCUUACCGGAUGGGGCUCACAACUAUCAGGAAGAUACUGUGUUUUUCCAUUUGCCACCGAGGUGUGGGGAUCGAACCACAGUCUAUGGUGUCUCUUGCUACAGGCAGAUUGAAGCAAAGGCAUUAAAAGUACGGCAAGCAGAUAUCACCCGGGAAACUGUACAGAAGAGUGUCUGUGUUCUCAGUCAGCUGCCUUUGUAUGGAUUACUUCAGGCGAAGCUGCAGCUCAUCACACAUGCGUACUUUGAAGAAAAAGACUUCUCACAAAUUUCAAUUCUUAAGGAGCUUUAUGAUCACAUGAAUAGUUCUCUGGGCAAUUCUUCACUAGAAGGGUCACAGGUUUAUCUUGGUCUGUCUCCUCGGGAUCUUGUUCUUCACUUUCGACACAAGGUGUUGAUCCUUUUUAAACUGAUUCUUCUAGAGAAAAAGGUGCUGUUUUAUAUCUCUCCAGUCAAUAGGUUAGUGGGAGCUCUGAUGACUGUCCUGUCACUCUUUCCUGGAAUGAUUGAACAUGGUCUUACUGACUGCUCACACUAUAGACCAAGAAACAGCAUAUCAGAGGAUGCUGGGUUGCAGGAAAAUACACCACAUUUAGGUGACCCUGUUUCUGCUGCUGAUACUUCAGAUACAACUUUAGGAAUGGGAAAGGGAAGCAGAAAGGUGGCAGAAAACCUUUCACUGGAAGGUCAAAAAACAAGCAUGCCUUUCUCCCCAUCAGAGAAGACUUGCAAUGGAGCUCAGUCCUCCAACAGUGCUGUGCAGCGCUUGAAAGUUCCUUCCCGUGCUUCUCCAGCAUCCUCUGAAAGUGACUGGGAGACCUUAGAUCCAAGCAUUUUGGAGGAGUCUAAUCUGAAAGAAGGAGAAGGUGAAAAUAUAGCAUCAGAACAGGCUGAAAAUAUUCUGAGCUCAGAAAGCCUUCCAAUCACUGUGCAACCCCAAGCAAAUACAGGACACGCGGUGCUUGUUCCAGGACUGAUUUCUGGGUUGGAAGAGGACCAGUACGGUAUGCCGUUGGCUAUUUUUACAAAGGGGUACCUCUGCUUGCCCUACAUGGCACUGCAGCAGCAUCACCUCCUGUCAGAUGUAACAGUGCGCGGCUUCGUUGCCGGAGCCACCAAUAUCCUGUUCCGUCAGCAGAAGCAUCUGAGUGAUGCGAUUGUGGAAAUAGAAGAUGCUCAUGUACAAAUCCAUGAUCCAGAGCUCCGUAAGAUCCUGAACCCAACAACUGCUGACCUGAGAUUUGCAGAUUACUUGGUGAAGCAUGUAACUGAGAACAGAGACGAUGUUUUCCUUGAUGGCACUGGAUGGGAAGGAGGUGAUGAGUGGAUCAGGGCUCAGUUCAGUGCUUAUCUUCAUGCACUGCUUGCUGCUGUGCUGCAACCAGACAACGAAAAGACGUUGUCAGACUUUGGAACGGUGUUUGUAGCAGCCUGGAAAAACACCCACAACUACAGAGUAUGGAACAGCAACAAGCAUCCAGCUCUUGCAGAGGUAAAUUCUAGCCACCCAUUCCAGGGCCAGUACUCUGUGUCAGAUGUGAAGUUAAGAUUGUCACACUCUGUGCAAAACAGUGAACGUGGAAAGAAGAUUGGGAAUGUGAUGGUUUCUACUAGCCGAAAUGUUGUUCAAACAGGAAAAGCUGUAGGUCAGUCAGUUGGAGGAGCCUUCACAAGUGCAAAAUCAGCUGUGUCAUCCUGGUUUUCCACUUUUACACAGUCAACCCAAAACCUUGGGGAGUGAAUGACGGCUUUCCAUGAUGCUGCUGAAUACUUCAGGUGCAGUACUUUCUCUGAGCUCUAGAAAGACCGCUCCAAAUCAUAGGAGUGGAGAUUAACUAUCCAGGACCAAAACAAGGUAUAUGUUGCUUGCAAGUAGACAUGAAAUGUUAUUAUUCAGCUUCUCUAGAAGUAUAGAAGAAUGGUGGUGUCUCCAUACAAUGGGAUGGCAUUUCCAAUAUACUGGUUGUAUUGAAAAUGACUACUUUCCUUUCAAACUGAGCCUUUAUAAAGACAUUAGCAAACAGGGCUUGUGGAAAGCCAAAUGUGUUUGACUUUAGAUUUGUACAUUUUCUUGGAUGUUGAAAAUAUUUAUGUAAACUAGUUAUAUUUUUCAAUCCAAAUAGCCAAAUGUUGAUGAAUUCUUGUUAGAAAUACGCAGAGUAUAAAUACUGUUUCCUCUUUUGGGUUGGACUUGAGAAGAUCUCUGCAACAAGUAUACAACGGGAACCCUCAAAGGGUUCCUUCCAAGCCAGGUGGAACUUUUCACCUGCAAACUAAAAUCAGAAGGGUGCAGAGUAAGACUGUGGCUUACUUAAGGGGUUUAUUUUUCCCUUUAUCCUCUGUACCUGUGUACAGUUGUUUGCAUUAUUCCAGCUCUCUCUGUCCCCAGAUCUGUGUGACAGUGGUGAAAUCAGUAUUUUCUUGACAUCAUGCAGUAAGCCUUCAUAACUUUGCAUAUGUUUUGGCUGUGUUUUUACCCUGGAAUGUAAAUGGAAUUCCAGUUGGCAAGAUCUCUUUGGGAAAAGGAUUACAAAACAAUUCUCCCAAAUUGGGAUUGGAUCAUAAGACAGUUUUGUGAGGUCUUGCUUUAUGGCAAUGUAAUUACACCAUCAGUGUAGUUACAUACAUACGAACACAACGUAUUAAACCUGCCUAAACCUACACCAGUAGCAAACUGUGUGGCUUUUUUAACCACUUUUUUUUUGUUACAGUAAAGUUAUGAAGACUCUUCCAAAUGAAAAUCAGCUCUGUCGAUUUUCUGUGCAAACUCAGGGAAUGUUCUGUUUGGAUUGCUACGUUUUUCAUAAGGAAAGUAACACUAAAAUUGAGAGAGGAACUGAAAUGGUUCAGUUCGUAUCCUUGUGUGAAGAAAUGUCAUAGUUUAUAUGAAAAGAUGUGGCAUAAUGCUGUAUUUUGUAUGCAAUAUGCAUGAGGUGUCUUCUAUAUGCAAGAGUUUUCCCACUUCCUCUCUUUGUGUGCCUCUUUAUGCCUUCCAGCAUCCCCACAUGAGAGCUGUCAACAUUUUCUACAUUACAUUAUCAAAUGUUCCAACUUUCUGUAGUAAAAGGCUCUUGGUUUAUUGCCUCGUCAGUGUCUGUCAGCAUUUUGCCAUGGUCUUUUCUGGGGCCAAGAUUUCAAGUCAUGGUUAUUUCUUCUGUUCCUCAAAUAAAAGAUAACAGCUGUACAAGAGGUAACCCAGAAGGCUUGAAUGUAAUUUGUUUUAAGAAUUGAAGUUCUGGUUUCCUUAGGUGCAUUUGAGAAGCCAACAGAAAAGCCACACUUGUAUCACUGUCCAACAAUUUAGUUUUCAGUUUUAUUGCUUCAAACAGCAAUUUGAAAACAUGGGGUCUGGUUUAAAGCCUUCAUGAUUUUUUUUCCAGGACUAACUAGAUAGAAUGGCUGUGGAAAACCUGUGAGUGUACAGCUAGUAUGAGUAGUUUCAUUUGAGAAGGGCAAAAAAGGCCUCUAAAGCUCUACUAACCUACUGCCUCUGACAUACAAGUAAAACGUAUUUAUAGAACUGCUGCAACUAUUGCUCCUGGUCUCUGUGUGUAUUUGUGUAUAUCCUGAAACUCCUGAUGCUUUUGUCUGUUUUAUUCUACAACUCUGUAACAGAGAGAAUAGAAUUUAUAUCUUUUCAAAGACUAAGUAAUACUUGAUAGGCAGGAAGACCUCUGGUGAAGUAAGACUGGAGCUGAAUUUAUCCAU